GUGUAAUUGACAUGCCUGUAUUUAACAGGUCAGGGAAGUGUAGAGUAUUAUGAUAUAUCCUGCAGUGUGAGGAUAUGCAUAUUGUUUUAAACUGAAAGCUUUGUGUUUGAUUCUACCGCUGGUCCGAUGGGUUGAUGUAGUAUACAACUGGUGAUACUAUUAUCACACUUGAUAGAGGUCUAACGAACUCGUAUUUCAAGGCGCUGGUGUAUGGAUGGCUGGCAGUGCUGAGCCUCUAAGUUGUCGUAGUUCUAAGUCUCAUCACACGUUUACGCUGGGAGGGACCGACCCAGAGGUGGAACACGCCGUCAGACACAAUCCCCUAAAACUCUUAUGAAACCAGGGCCAACGAGCUGUCUUGUUGAUAAAAUCUAACUGAAAAUGGAGGACAAGGCCAAGACCCAUCUGUCGACGGUUGCUAUGGCAAUUUUCGUCCGACUUCUUCUUGUGUUCCACACUGUAUUGGCAACGUGGCGAGUGACCUUGGCCUGGGAUGACCUUCAAUAUUGGUUAAUGUCUCUGGGAGUUUUGCUGGUUUGUCUUGAGGGAUACGUCACCAUUCGAGUCAACAAGGGCAUCGAGUGGAAGUGGUUGUGUCCAUGUUUCGCUAUCUAUCUCAUCAUAACAUUGCCUUCCAUAUGGUUGCUGGAGAUCUCCCAGAUGAACAAGUACAUGGAAAGUCAAGCUGUUGUGACCGCCAGUGCUGUCAAUGUCACCUUGACCCCUACCACUGUUCAGCCAACGGCCAGUAUUGCAACCAGAAUGUUGACCACUACUAUUUCUAGUACACGGAGCAGUAAUGUGACGGCCGUCAUGGCAACCACCACCCUCAACAUUUCGGACAUUGUAAAUGUUACCAUGGCAACUGCAGCUUCCAACAUCUCGGAUAUUCUAAAUGUCAGUAUGUCUACUUCCACUACUAAUGCCUUAGCAAUGUUGAAUGUUUCCAUGACAACCACUCCGUUUCCCGUCAACACCAGUGAUAUCAUCACAUCUACUGUUCCUAUGACAACGACCACGCCUGCCGGAAUCAUAGCCAACAUUGAGAAUCUCCUAGGCAGCUUCAGUGCCGACACGUGGGUCGUGAUAGUGGAGGAGUCAUUGGUAUACUUAAUUGUGAUUGGUCGAUGGCUCUUGCCCAGGGGGAGAGUAACCCGGGAGGAACUUUCGGAUCUCCUCAUUGAUUACCUGGCAAUGGCGUCAGAUAUCAUGGAAUUGUUUGCGCUAUUCGACGAGGAUUUGAUCCGCGGUAAUGCAAUGAUAACGUACGCCAUCUUGACAAUUUGGUCCGUUAGCUUUAUUCAGUUUAUACCAGUUGUGAUGAACAGACGAGCUGUCAACACGUUUAGAAAACAUACCAAAGAUGAGAAAAGCAAGGAUAGUUGCUGUGUUUGUGCUGGGUGUGGGGACUCGUUCCCAGACAUUUUCGUCACUAUAGCCGGAUUGUUCUUACAAGACGGGCCGUUCUUGGCUCUCCGACUCUUUAUUAUCUUUUACUUCCAAUUACUGACAUACAGUCUGGUGUUUUUCGUAUUGAAGAAUGUCAUUGUUGUACUAUUACUGACAUACCGGCUGGGCAUACUAUGUGUCCAUCUACCAUGUUGUUCACGGAAGCGUACCACACAGAAAAGAGUGAAAGUGGAAGAAAUCGAUGAUCCAAUUCAUUAUGGCUCACCUGACAUCAUGUCGACAAAGAACGGUUCCUAUUCAAACGACAAUGAGAUCAUUCACAACGAUCACCAUGACCAAUCAGCAUUUAGAGAGCGAUAUUACCGUGAGGGUAAAAAAACAAAAGAUAGUCAAAAUGGACAUGACCGCAGCAUUAGCUAUGGUGAGCAUUUGGUGCAUGGACAUCCGACCAGCGGUCUUGGUGUUCGCAGUGGAAGCAUUCCACUUAAUAUCCGUAGCAUAGGCAAUACUGGAUAUCCAGUUCGGGGUCGUGACCUCAACAGCAACGUGCCAAGAAAAACCGGCAACUCUAACGGUAGAGAGGCAGUGAAAAAUCAGCAAUUUAGACCACCUAACAACACUGCGAUUAUCAACUCACCAGUAAAGGGUGACUCCCCUUGUGAUCGUCCCUCCGCCAGCAACGGUAGUCCUCACAGUAAUGGACAUCAUCUUGGGAACCUUCCGAAAGACAGAGUGCUGGCCAGAUCGACAGAAUUCAUUUCUUCGCCAGAUAUCGGAGCGUCUGCUGAGAAUAGAAGUCGUUAUGCAAGCUGUGAAAGAUUAGAUACAUGUAAUGAUCGUGAAUCCAAACGUCUGCGGACAGUGAUCCGAUAG